CUCGAUAAUCUUUGAGGAUUUUGGAGAAGACACCGACGUCCCCGAGAAUUCAAUUCCAUGCUCCCAGCUCAAUGACGGAGGCAAUUGCAGGACAGUACGUCUGCUCUUUCUGCAACAGAUGUUUUCGAAAGCACGAGCAUCUGCAGCGGCAUAGACGCAUACACACGAAUGAAAAGCCGUACAACUGCGAGUGUGGUCUUUCGUUUUCCAGACAGGAUUUACUCCAGCGGCAUAGGCGUAUUUCCCCAUGUGACCAGCGACAACAUGCCACUUCUUAUGGGAACAUCAACGCCUAUGGCUCGCAUGACCGCGUGCGUCCUACUCGAAAGGAUCGCAACUCGCAGGAUCGGGCUCCACAGUUCAGCAUAGAGGUAGAGCGAACUCUUCGCUCAUCUUCAUGUGGAAUUCUGGAACAGCGGCGGGUGAGUCCCACGGCACACCAGUUUGCUCAGGAGCCUAUCUCGACCCCCGAAACAACCUUGCCCCUGCCUCCUGAAUACGCGGAUCUAGAGUGCUCAUAUCUGCGAUCGCAACCGGAAAAGCAUGUCCUAGCCGACUUUGAAAAUUUCUUUCGCACUAGUGGACUGCAACAGAUAGCAGAUGAUUUGAGCCGGACACAAAGACACGGCCUCAACGACACGAGGAACUCACUCAUGGAAGAAACGCUGAGCAAUGCAUCAGAUCACUGCUUGUCUCUACCAACUCAAGAUACAGCCAGGCGGAAAACGCAAACCCCUAUGACUGAAGGCUCAAUGAGACAAGGAACAGACCAAAUUCAAGGAUCAUGGUCCAAUUAUGAACAGAAAUGCCCGGAUCUCGUACCACCAUCAGCGCGGGCGUGCGCUCGAUACCUCACAUCUUAUGUCAAGAACAGCAGAGUCCCGCUUUUUCAUAAUAACGUCCAGAUAUACGAGCUCGAUCCAGUCACUAAGUUCGCGUUGUACGCGUUGGGAGCAAUACAUCUGUACGAAGUUAGAAAUGCUAUGUCCCUUUUCACAACGAGCAGACACCUCGCUUUUCAAAGAUGGACCUCAGAUAUGGACAAUUCGAGAGAGAAGCCUUCACAAUCUCUGACUCCCUCUGACGCCCUCAUCGCCUACCACUUCCUCGCUGAGUUUCUUAAAGUGGCACAGCCCGUUGAUGUUGUUCGAGAAUUUGAGAUUUGUGCUACUGCAAUCUCCUUUUACUCUAGGCUCUGGAGAUUCCAUUUCCCGACAGACCAGCGGCCUGUUAAGUCUGAUCCGAAUUCAACUCGAGCUUUUCAAUGCAGUCGUAUUAUUGUGCUCUGUAGUCUUGUCCUAGACGGCUUCUUGUUAGGAUUCUCUGUGGCAACACAGUCAGAUGACUUGAAAAGCACAUUCAAGUGCCCGUUGAGCUCACUACUCUCUCAUGACUCUGUGGGCGAAGGAGGAGAGCAAUCGCGAGAGCUCUUUAAUACGGGCGAUAUAAUUGCUCUUUUUGACGUCUUGGCCCAUGAACAUGACAACGAACUUGGCAAUUGCAUUCCAGAUUCUGAGUCGAUACUGAGCAAAUUUCCUCCCGACGUCCAUUUCGUUUUGCUAUCUUUCAUUAUAUUGCGCAUAAGAAUGGACAAAGACGCAUCCAUGCUUGGGAUAUCAUCGGAGAUCCUCGCCUUAGAGCGUACUCGACUACUACUGACGUUGAGUAAAAUUGUCCGUCUUUUGCGACUUCAAAUGUCUUCGAUGACAGCUUCUCCAACUGUGUGCAAAGCACAAAGCAACUACAGUUUCGCUUGUCUCGUCCAUCUUCGAGCUGUUUGCCCAUUGGAUCUGAACUAUGCGACAGAUCCAUCACAACUCGUGGCAUCACUCAAGGCGAUUAAACCAAAAUUUGAGGAACAAUUUUCUCGCUCUUUACUACAAUGUAUUGAGCACUGCCUUGAGUUGCUGGAAGAGCCUGCAAGUACCGGUCUUCUGCACUACGUCCGUCAACAGGCAAGCUCAUGGGGACUGGAGACCGUUUUGUGGGCAUUCGAAUCCGCUAUCUUUCUCAGCAAAUGGAUUCAAAAGUAUACUGCUGUUGCAUCUUCUGUGAAAGAAGAUGAAGCAUAUCAACGUGCAGUCAAAUUACUCGGCAUGGCCACAUCAUCUUUGCCAGAUGUCGAAGAAUUGCCAAUUGACCCCGACGCAGAAACAUUGUCGUGGUCGACUUUGAAAUUCUGGGGGAGUGUCUUGCAGGGGAUCGAGACAAAGGCAUUUGCAACACGUUUGGGGAAAACUCUUGACAUCUUGGCUGAGUUUCAGAGCGAGUCUCCAGCAACUCCACAUUGACCCAAAUCAUACUUUCCAUCUGGAAAAUGAAUCUUCGACCGGGCUUUGACACAAAAACGACCCAUUCAUUCCGUCAAAGAGCAACAAUCGCCAAGGUAUAGUUGAUGUCAGGUUGCAAUAGCACACCUUGAUGGUACGCGGACUUCCCACAAACACUGCUGGAAACGGAGCCCCGAUCCACUUUUGUCGGUGACUUCUCCAAGACGGUGACCCCUUCUCCAAACGUCCGAUGAAUGAGGACGAGGUUGGG